UCACUUUGUGACCAGGCAGAGAGCUGUCCAAGACGACAGCCAGAUGUCGGAGCACCGGGAAACUGAGAAAGAAAACAGGUGGCCAGAGCAGAGCCCGGUGCGGUGGGGUUUUCCUCAUCCUUUGGGCAACCCCAUGCGACUCCUGGCCAUAACCAUCCUGUUCUUCAUGCUGCUGGACACAGUGUUCCUCCAGACUCUGGAGCAUCAGGAUCUUCCAAGUGCGGAAAGGGUCCCCCGUCUGAAUAUGAAGUUUGAUUCUUGGAGAAUGAAACUGAGUUGGGACUGCGAAGAAAACACUACCUACCUCGAAUGUGUGAUGAUUCACAAGGAGGAUGGACCAAUCAGCAUAAUACCCCAGGAGAAAGAAUGUCACUGCGAGUUUUCGGAUUAUUCUCUCCAUGAUGGAGUCACGCUUAUGGUUAAAGUAAAUAGCACCCAAAGACCGAUUCCAGAAACACUGGUCUACGCUAACUCAGGUGGGAAUGGCACAGCUGCCCAGAAUUUCUCCUGUUUUAUCUACAAUGCAAAUUUCAUGAACUGCAGUUGGGCAAAGGGUCAGGCUGCCCCUGAUGAUGUCCAAUAUUUUUUGUAUAUAAGAGACUCGAGGAAAAGAAGGGAAAGAGAGUGUCCUCAUUACAUAGAAGACUCGGGAACCCACGUGGGAUGUCACCUGGAAGACCUUUCGGGACUAACUAACUACAAUUACUUCCUGGUGAAUGGUACCAGCCAAAGGACGGGGGUCCAGUUCUUUGAUUCGGUUCUGUCGUGGAAGAAAAUCGAAAUAUAUAGCCCACCCAACAACAUCAGCGUGUUCUGCAAUGAGUCCCACUGCCUGAUCUGUUGGGAAAAGCCCAAGACCCGAUACAGGCUAUCCAACAUGGAGUUCAAAUACCAACUGGACAUCCAGAGAAAGAGCAAUAAGGAAAACAGCGAGAAUCAACUGAUUGAGGUGCCCGGUAAUUUGGAGAAUAGCUACAACUUCCCAAGUCCGGAGCCCAGACCCAAGCAUACUGUGAAAAUAAGGACCUCGGACGCACGGAUCCAGAAGUGGGGCGCCUGGAGCCAGCCCAUUGAGUUCGGCUCCGAGGAAACCGCGCCCAGCCUCGUGCCCAUCUACGCGCUGGUGGUCCUGGGGACCCUCAUCACGGUCCUGACCCUCGGCUGCCUUUUGAAAAGGUUCCUCGCAUCACAGACUUUAUUCCCACCAAUCCCGCACAUCAAAGACAAGUGGACGGACAGCCAUCGGCCUGACCACCAGGUCAUCUGGGAGAACUUCACCUUGGACACGGAAAAAGGUGACAACGAGGAGAUCCUAACGGUGCAAGAAGUCACAGUGGCCCCGGCGAGCGUGGAGACUGCAUAGACGCUUCCAGCCCGGGAACAUUCUGGAAGCUGCCCCUUUUUUUUUUUUUUUUAAUUAUCAUUAUUGUUGUUUUGAGCGUUUAUUUAUAUAGUAUUUUUUCUUUUUUUUACUUGAAAAGAAUGUGAUUUUUUUGCAAAGAUGCCUGUCGUCGGAGGGCUCACUGAACGCGCUGGGACCCGACGCCGUGAUGCACCUGCUUCUCUCCCGGGAAACAGAGAACUCUUCCUUGCUUUACGGUGGCUCAGAUACUCUCCUGGCAGCAGCCACCAGGGCUGAGAUGUGGGUCUCUGGCGUGUCUGUGGUCCCCAUGGGAGCACUGCCCUCCCCUGUUUCUCCAAUAGCUGCAGCCCAGCCCUGUAUGGAGACCAUUGGAGGGUCCUGACUAGUUAUCUCCUCCGCAAAGUCCCGUUUGCCACCUAAUGUGACACGUUCCAAGGCUCUAAGAAUCAGGGUGUGGACAUCUUUGGGGACAUUGUUCCCUCCACCACGUGAGGAUCAGGACAUGGACAUAUUUGGGACAUGGUUCUGUCUACCACAUGGGGAUCGGGACGUGGACAUCUUUGGGGACAUGUUUCCAUCCAGCACCUGGGGAUAGGAAUGUGGACAUGUUUGGGACAUGGUUCCAUCCAGCACAUGGAGACCGGAAUGUGGACGUCUUUGGGGACAUGGUUUCAUCCACCACUUGAGCAUUGGGACAUGGACAUCUUUGGGUACAUGGUUCUGUCUACCACGUGGGGAUCGGAAGGUGGACAUCUUUGGGGACAUUGUUCUGGGGAUCGGGAUGUGGACGUCUUUGGGACAUGGUUCCAUCGACCAUGUGGGGAUUGGGAUAUGGACAUCUUUGGGGACAUGGUUCCGUCCACCAGACAUGGAUCGGGACGUGGACGCCUUCGUCUGCAGCAUGGGCGGGGAUGGGAGAGGACUUCUCGCGAGGAUCCCGAGACCAGCUCUGCACCUUGACUUCUGAGACACGUGAAUAUGAAACCCCGCAGGCCGCCCGCCCGCCCAACCACAUGAAGGUUGUCUGGCCCAGCCUCCUUGGAGUUACCAGUGACUUGACAUCAGCACUAAAUACUCUCAGAUAUUCAACGUGGACGCCUCAGGGUGUGCAUGAGGUGGCCCCUGCUUGCCCCUGCCUCGAGGAUUCCAACAAGCACUUGAUGUGAGUCCUGUCCAUCUGUCUGUCCGUCUGUAAGAUGAUGCCCAGGAUGCUGGAAACCUGCCACCCCCCCUUCAUCUCUAAGAAACACCAUCACCCUCUGAUGACGACUCCUGACAUCUGAUAUCCACCCAUAGAUGGGGACCAAGACUUGUCCUUGGAAAGUAAAUGCUGCUCAGAGUCCAGAGGGACCAAACUGGCCCCCAGGAUGACAGAUGCUCGCCCAGUGGAGGCCGUCCACCGAGGACAGGACCUCUGUGUUCCAGGAGUGUGACUGGUCGCCCAAGACGCCCCCACAGCAAUGUCAGGAAUAAGAGCGUGGACGGCACCAAAAGCAUGCCCCUUGCACUUUGAAAUUUUGCCCUGGAACAGCCCAGAUGGGACUAAAAUACUCUAUGCACAGAAAAGAACAACCACAAAAAGGUGGUUUCUUUGAACAACUACCUUUGGCAAAAUACGGAUAUAGGAAAAUCUAAAUCGUGUUGUGAAAGAGAGAUAUUUUACAUGUAGGCUUUCCGCUUGCUGUUCCUGCUUUCCCUCUCCAUUCUGCCUCCCGGGACACCCUCUCCACUCACCCGUAACGUCUAUAAAAGACCGAGUUCCUGCACGUGUCCAUGGAGGUGAUAUCAGUCAUUAACACUUUAGUAUGAAUUAGCGAUUACUCUCCCAGGCUGGUUCCAUUUCAUUUUCAGGUGUAAGUGUUGAUGGUUUGGUGAAGUUUAAUGGAAUUUAAACUCAGGGGGGCAGGGGAGCUGGAGAGACUUCUUUUGUUCAGUAGACCUAUUCAGUGACCCUGGAAGAACCCCGUAGGAAAGAUGCCCUGGAGAAGCCCUGCACUACAAGACAAGGACAGUGUGGGGACACGAUGAAGCUCCAGGAGAAGCAAUUCCAGGUGCAGAGGGACCCCGGGACCCCACGCCACGCUGGGUCCACUGGAAAUGCCUCUGCAUCUGGAUACUGAGGGAGUCUCAUCCCAGCUCAGGGACUGACCCCAGAGGGCGCCCAAGAGGACUGGGGUCCGCGGAUCCCCCGGGUAGGACUUCUGUCCGCAGGGUUAGGGUUAGGGUUAGGCCACGCCCCACACCUGGCAGGGGCAGCCGGUUGUGAGGACGGGAGGCAACCUGGGGGUCAGAUGGAGCCGAUGGGGGCAGCGCCCAGGACCCUGACAUUGGGGUUUGUCCCUGGAGCUCUUUCUUCUCACAAGGAGGCCGCCUUCUGGGGAAAAAGACUCCCUGAAGCCUGUGUUACUGAGAUGAACACUCUGGGGUCCCACUUGGCUUCCUCGUACUCACAAUGUGAAGAACAUUAGGGGAAGGGACACAACAGGGUGAAGAGGUCACAGUUCGGGGGAACAGAGUCAGGCUGGGCCCCAUAUUCUUGCAGAAGUACAAGAAGAUUCCCCGCGGUGCGAGGAGCUCUCCUCCAGGAAACCAGACAACUAGGCAGGCCCUGGGGUUCCCAGGAGGCCGGGGAGGCGUAUGGCUGCUUCCACUGCACAGGCAUGGGGAGAGGGGCCAGGAGAGCCGGGGCAGGGCUGGCCACGUGUCGGGGACACGGGGACCCUGUGGAAGAUAAUGUCAGUCUAGAUACGCAGGCAGGGCAGCCGGGGGUCGGGCAGGAGUGUUUGGACGAGUUUCCAGGGUGCUCACCACAAAGCAACACCAUCCACAGGGUAUCAGGACUCCACCCUUCCCACAUAAACCGUCCCCAGCGGUGGAGAGCAGAUCCGUGUGGAUACGCCAUCCGUAUUUCUGGGAUUUAUAACCCAGCAGGUGGGCCGAGGGGUCCAGAGCCCCAUGUUUGCUGCCUCACGUAGUUCCCGACGGCCCGUUCAGCUCUGUGGCCGCCGGCGUGGGGGUCUUGCUUCCCCGCCAGCCGGAGUUGCGCCGAAGAUGGUGCCAUAUUGAAUCCAGCCCCGCGGCGCGUCCCCUUCCAAAUCAAAGCAAAGAGACAGCCUUCCCGCCAGCACUCCUACUGUUCUAGAAACUUCCCACUGGCUUCUGGGUUUGGGAGGCGGAGAGUCACUGGCUCCUGAAAUAAACAGCAGGAGCCUAACUACUGCCUCAUGCCUGGGAGACGUGUCCCCCAUCAAACGGUAGCCCAUUCUCUACCCAGGGCAUAGUUGGGAGUUUGGAGACCCACGGGGGCAAGGAGUUCUCUAGAGGAUACGCAUCCCAAGAGCUGUAUUUCCACGCGUGCACGCCCUUCAUGGGGCGCCUGGGAUCCCUCUUGUCUACAUGGCGGGAUAGAAUAGUCUUUGAGAAGAGCAAACCGGGGGAUACGGUCCAUCUCAUGAGAAGAGCCUUCCAAGGACACCAUUUCUGUGGGAGGAGACAGGCCGGGAAUGGUCGUCCGCAUUCUGGAGAGUGCUGGGCACGUAAUUACCCCGCUGGGACACGGAAGCGAGCGCUUUCCGAGCUCCCCCACCGGAUCCGUCCAUCCAGGCGUCAUGGAGUGGGGUUCCUGUGGGAGAGGGAAGACACAGGCUCCCAUAGAGAUGAGGAUCCGUCCCAUCGUGGGGAAGCGUUGGGGAAACAGAGAAGCCUCGGGGACAUAAACAGGAUGGGAAUCCUGCGCAUCUCGGAGAGCUGAGUUUGAGGAAGCAUGACACAGAGCCCCGAAACCCCGAUGCACCCCAGAGGGACCAGGUGGGCGACUGGCCAGAGGGAUUCUGCUGCAGGAAAAAAAAAAAAAAAAAAAAAGAGGAACUCGGAGAUGCUGAUAAAAGCAAGGGGCCGGCUUUGAGCUUGAGACAGACGCGGGCUGGGCUGGAAAGCUUCCUGUCUGGCGGGGAAAUAACGGGGACCCAGCCGCCCGCCGAGAAGGAGGACCCCGUGGAGAGCACACAGGGCGUUUCUACAGACGCUGACCUGAGCGUGAAUCGCGGGCCGCUGUCUGCACAGAAGGCUGUUGACCCGACUUUCUGCUCGGGCCCUCGGGCUGAUCUCCGUCACCCCGCGGACCACGGCCUCACGGGCGGCCCAUCAACCGGGCAGGACAACGCUUUCCAAACGGGCGGAGAACAUUCCGGAAAGCUCGUGGACGAGUAAGUCUGAGGCUUCUCGCAUCUGUGGGGCAGUGGCUUUGGUGUGAUGCCACGGCAGGGCAGGCUGGGAAUGGGAGGGAAACACGGUGCCAGCUCCGUGUGUCCCUCUCGGGACGGCUGGGGGGUGGACCGGUGGGCUGAGCACCCCCACGGCACCGAGACCAGAACCACCGUCUCGGGGAAGCCGCCGCGGGAGCGUGCCUUUCCCAGACGGGGUGCGUGAACGGUCGCGGCAUCCGGCCAGUGCGCACAAGGCCUGGAUGUCCCUCUUUGGGGCGUUUUUAAGGAUCAAAGUCACCGAGGGUCGGGCUUCGCAUGUUGAUCGCUCAGGCCUUUCCACGGGGAAGCAGAAACCACUGAACCCGAGAGCAACGUUGAGACUCAGGCAAAGUUGGGGGGGGGGUGUCUGCAGCCUGAGGCAAAGCAGCGUCUCCGGGAAGAAGCUGGGUACGCUUAGUAACCCCCUGCCGGGGGUUGGGCGAUCUCACCAGAAUGCCGGAAAGAAAGCAGACAGGUGCCCAGUUCAGGACUAAACGCGUCGAACCCCUUUGAAUUACGUUUGCCUAUUUUCAGUGUCAUAAGGACCCCGGGGUUCAUUUUGGAAACACCCUGGUGCUAGGGACACAUGGGCUUAACGGGCACCUCGUUGGGUUGACGCCAUGAGAAGGCAAAGGGAGACUCUGUGAAAAAUGCAGAAGUCCCAGGCCUGGCGCUCAGCGUCUCAUCACUCCCGCGUGGGCGUCCCCGGCCUGGACACCGCCAUGUCCCUCCGCCGGUCCCCGAGCCCCGUGCGAAAUGCAGAAACACCCACGUUUUGUUUCCGUGCGCCUCGGGGACACAGCCUGUAGGUCGUGGCUCCUGUCGGUCUCCUGCAAGAAGAGGUUGAAGAGAAUCGAUGCGGCAGUUUCAGGACCCAUCGGGAGUUUGCGGAGGGGACAGCUCAUUCCCAGCAGGUGCCUGGGGUCCUGGAUUCUGAUUCUGUCCACACGGCGGGAUGCCCCGAGAUGACAGGACUGCAUGUCGGCAGGCUGACCUGUUCUGAGGAGGGUUGGUACCCACAGAGACUCACACCCAGCCCCCAGCUCCCACCUCCGGAGUCAUCAGGAAUCCGUGCCUGUCUGGACCCCACUCUUGGGCCCUGAAUGUGACACACACGGACCCCAAUCCUCUGGCCCUAAGACUCAGAAUACAGACACCACGGAUGGUGGGGACAGCCUUAAACACUCAGCAUCACCACGCCUUGUUUUCCUGGCGACUCUGCCGUAGGAUCUUUUCCCUCUAACCUCUUAGAUUCUGUUCCCGACACCCGCAAAUUAAGCAGAUAAAGGAUUAACAGAAAAACCUGCCUUAACUUCAUAUAUAGGCACUGGGAUUCACAGAGAAAAAUGCGGCUCGGGGAGACAGCCGGAUGACCAGGGUGGCUGUUACAAAUAGCCCAGAUACGCCGAUUUCAACAACUGAUAUUUAUUGAUCCCAGACCUGGAGGCUGAGAAUCUGAGAUCCAGGCAGGGCUGAGGCUGGUUCCUCUUAAGGCCCCUCUCCUUGGUGUGUUGACCCCGUGCCCUCCCUGUGUCCUUCCGUGGUCAUCUCUGUGCAUGUCUGUGUCCUCAUCAUCUCCUCCUAUAAGGACCCCCGUCCUAUGGGAUCAGGGUCCAUUCAAUGGCCUCAUUUUACCUUAAUCUCUUUAAAGACUCCAUCUCCAAAUACUGCCUCAUUCUAAGGUCCUGGGAGCAAGGGCUUCUACAUGUGAAUUUUAGGGGGUCGCGACUCAGCCCCCAGGACUCCCCUUUCGUGGAGAAGGGACACGUCCACCUCACUGCUCACAAGCCCCCUUAGGCCAGCACCACAGCUCCUGAUCCUGAAAAUGACUCUUUUCCCUCAAAGCAUUUUCUCCUCUAUGGGCUUCACAGGUCGCUCCGGAACUUUAUCGCUGGGGCCUGGCUCUGUCCCCUCUGAGUUUCUCCAGCAGCCGACCCUGAGGUUCUGUGUGGCCCUUCUGUGGUCUGUGUUCACACGGCUCCUGACCCAGCACAGGCCCUUCCCCAAAGGGUUCACUUCCCCUGGCCCGGCCACGUCGGUCCUUCCUGUCCUGAAUGUGCACCUCCAAACAGACCUCGGACUUCCCUUUGUGGCCCGUGUAUGUCACUGUGUUUCCUUCCUUGUGGGGAACAUGUCAGCAAUGAUCCCAGAGUGGCCGAUGGACAUCAGUGGCGUGGCGGGGCCACAGGGGAAGGUGAGAAGCUGUGAGCUGGAAGGUGCCUGAGACCUGCCACCAGCAGGCACAGGCAGGUCAGCCCCUGCCUCAGAGCUGACCCACAACAGGUGCAUUGAGAACGCCUUCUAGUUGGGCUGGUCUUUGAUGGGCCGGUCCAGAGCACCUACCUCUCACCCACUGCUCUGGUAUAUGGAGCCCUGCACCCCAAGCCGAGGGGCCAAGGUCAGUCUUGAAGGGCACCACACCACACUGCCCUCCAAUGUACCUCUUACGGAUAUGGAGGAUUUUGUGCAACAGGCCACGGAGAACCAGCAGAAGCAGGAAAAGCUCUCUAUGUCUCCGUAACUACCAGAAGACAGAGGACAUAAAGUUCCCCGUCAUGAAGGAAAAUUACAUUCAUAAAUAAAAUUUCUAACGGCAUAAACGUUUCUAUACCAGGAAGAUGACUACACCCAGAGAUUUCUUAUCAUCUGAGAGAUUCUUAAGAACAAGAGCCUGUAUUUAUCACUCAUUUCCUGCUUUCCCUUUCCCCAUAAGGCCUUUCCCCGUUCGAAACCCAGAAACCCCCUUUCCAAUGUUGAAUUGAAGAUGGUGCAUAAGCCGUGAUCAUCUGACUGUCUCCCUGAGCUGCAUUUUCCUUCAAGAACCCCCAUGCAUAUAUAGUGUAGUUAAGGCUGGUUUUCCUGUUAAUUGUUUAUCUGCUUAAUUUGCGGGUGUCGUGAACAGAAUCUAAGAGGUUAGAGGGAAUCGAUUUUUCCUCCCCUACAACCUCUACUCUCUGAACCUCUCAUUUCCUCGCCUCCGUCCUAGGUCUGUCCUAUGUAGGAAGACUUCUCGCUCACUAAUGAGACACAGAGCAGAAAGGAGUAGACCUGCCCCCCCCCCCCCCCCCCCGCCAGGGAGAUAAACAUCUCUCAUCCCUGGAGGUUGGAAAGAGGCUAAAACACUCUGAUGGCCUGAGGGGUUUGUGUACUCUGAGUCUCUGGUGGCCUCCAGGCUCAUAUCGGUUUUUUCUACAAAGACACUUCAUCCUUGGAGCACGUGGGCAGCUCAGCUGAUGAAACGUCCUGCUCCUGAUUUCAGCUCAGGUCGUGAUCUCAGGGCAUUGGGCUCUGUGCUCAGCAGAGAGUCUGCUUGCAAUUCUCUCUCUCUGCUUCUCCCCCCACCCCACCCUUCUCUCUAAAUAGUAAUAAUGAUAAUGAUGAUUUUUUU